UUGUUGAUAAACGAAAACUUCUUGCCCAUAAGUUUUUGUGUUAUUUUCAUAAAGUAGUAGUUCGGAGUAAAUCAAAAUGAAAGUAGACGUACAACCUUCCCCGGAUAAACCGAAAAUACCUUUACCUACACUCUCUCAAAUUAACGCCGAUAGAAUAACUCUGCUCGCAAAUCAGUACUGGUCACCACAAACUAAGGAUGAUCACUUACCUUACGAUGAUGCUAUUGUGGAAUCUAUAUACCAAGCAGAAAUAUUGGGCUCUAGUUUUGCAGUACGACGUAUAAUGAUGCUAGAGUUUUCCCAGUACUUAGAAAAUUACUUGUGGCCGCACUAUGAGUCUGGGAAAGCCUCUCACUCACAUAUGAUGUCUAUCAUUGUUAUGAUUAAUGAGAAAUUUCGUGAAAGAGUGCCUGCUUGGCAGGCAUUUCUCAAAAAGCCAGACCACUUCCCAGGAUUUUUCGAGCAAGUUUUAAGAGCGAGUAUCAAAGAAGAGGCCAGUAACAUGCGUGAACAGACUGCAUUGUUACUUUUCUUGAAUCACUGCUUCGGCAGUAUGGAAGUGCAAUUGUGCCGUGACCAAGUCAAGAGGCUCGUGUCGCUCAGCAUGUGGAUCAGUUUACAAGAAGGAAGAAGAAAUCAAGAAUUUAAAGCCGUGCCCAAAUGGCGUAAAUAUUGGCGAGCAAUACAAAAGAAAGAUAAACCGGAACUGUUAGAUAAAUUAAACUGGGAAAGACACUACUUACAGCGACUGAUGAUUAAGUUUACCCGGAUUCUGGAGAGUAUACCCGAGACAGGCGAUGCUGAUGUUCAUGCUAUCAGAUAUUGCGAGCGCUUCUUGGAGCUGAUGAUUGACCUGGAAGCACUGCUGCCCACUAGGAGGUUCUUCAACACAGUGAUGGAUGACUGUCACCUCGUGGUGCGAUGCCAGCUGGCCCCCCUCGCGCGGAGACCGGAAGGCCAACUCUUCGCACAGCUCCUACAGAUGCUCAAGUUCUACGCUCGGUUUGAGAUCAGCGAUGAAACUGGCGACCCGAUGACUGAUCGAGACAUGACGUUACAGCAUUACUCCAGAAUUACUUCAUUGCAAAAAGCCGCAUUUUCUAAAUUUCCUGAUUUAAGACUGUUUGCAUUGGCGAACGUUGCUAGUGUCGACACUAGGGAAACCCUUCAUAAGCACUUUGGGAACCUUAGUGAUAAAGCACUUCGAGCAAUCGCCACCUAUCUGAAUCUCGUGCCGCCUGAAGGAAAAGAAAACGAGGCGCCAUGGCACCGACUCGACAAAGAAUUUCUAAAAGAAUUACUGAUAUCACGCCACGAACGCAGAAUAUCUCAAUUAGAAGAACUUAAUCUAAUGCCUCUGUAUCCAACCGAAGAAAUAAUUUGGGACGAAAAUGUGGUGCCCACGGAGAUAUACAGCGGCGAGAACUGUCUGGCCUUACCGAAAUUGAAUCUGCAGUUCCUAACCCUCCACGACUAUUUGCUGAGGAACUUUAACUUGUUCCGACUGGAAAGUACAUAUGAAAUUCGACAAGACAUAGAAGACGCCGUGUAUCGACUAGCGCCAUGGCUGGCAGAAGACGGCAGUGUUUAUUUUGGCGGCUGGGCUCGUAUGGCCCAUCCCAUACAAAGCUUCGCUGUUGUGGAAGUUGCGAAACCAAACAUUGGGGAGAAGGCUCCUUCCAGAGUGCGCGCUGACGUCACCGUAACAUUGAGCGUGAGGAACGAAAUCAAACAUGAAUGGGAGAGCUUAAGAAAACAUGACGUCUGUUUCCUGGUCACUGUUCGACCAACUCAGGGUAUAGGAACAAAAUACGAUUAUAAGAGGAGUAUGGUGGAACAAGCAGGGAUAGUCUAUGUAAGGGGCUGCGAAGUCGAGGGCAUGCUGGAUGCUUCAGGUAGGGUCAUCGAAGAAGGCCCAGAGCCAAGACCGGAACUCGAUGGCGAUUCUAGAACAUUCCGACUACUCUUGGACCCGAAUCAGUAUCGACUGGAUUUGGACCAAGCAAGCAAAGGGAAAGAGGACGUAUACGAAACAUUCAACAUUGUGAUGCGUCGCAAACCCAAAGAGAAUAACUUCAAGGCUGUCCUGGAGACGAUACGUGAGCUGAUGAACACGGAGUGCGUUGUGCCUGAUUGGUUGCAUGACAUCGUGCUGGGGUAUGGAGACCCCGGUCAAGCACAUUACACGAGAAUGCCCAAUGAAAUUCCAACUCUAGACUUCAACGAUACAUUCUUGGAUAUGGAACAUUUGCGCAACAGUUUCCCCGGACACGAGAUCAAAGUUCAAACAGAUGAUCCCAGAAAACUUAUACGCCCGUUCAAGUUAACAUUCGAAAACGUGGUUCGGAAACAGCAAGUAGGAGAGAAUGCAAUGGACGAAGACGAACCGCGCAAAGUGAUAGUAGUGCAGCCACACGUGCAGCCGAAGAGGGGGCCUUAUCUCUACAAUGAACCUAAAAAAAAUAACAUAUUAUUUACUCCGACACAAGUCGAAGCCAUUCGGUCAGGGAUGCAGCCGGGACUCACGCUGGUAGUCGGUCCGCCGGGAACAGGUAAAACUGAUGUCGCCGUGCAGAUAAUAUCGAAUCUCUAUCAUAACUUCCCGUGGGAGCGAACCCUGGUCGUGACCCACAGUAAUCAGGCACUCAACCAGCUCUUCGAAAAGGUCGCCGAACUCGACGUGGACGAGCGACAUCUUCUUCGUCUCGGUCACGGAGAGGAGGCUUUGCAGACGGACAAAGAUUUCUCAAGAUACGGUCGUGUGAACUACGUGCUCGCGAAGCGCAUGGAGCUGCUGGAGCAAGUGUCGCGCCUGCAGCGCACGCUGGCGGCGGGCGGCGACGCGGGCGCCACGUGCGAGCUGGCGCACCACUUCCACGUGUACCACGUGCGCCCGCGCUGGCAGGCCUUCCUGCACGCCUGCCAGAAGGACCAGAUAAAAUCAAUUAGCUCCAUAAGCAAGGAGUUUCCAUUCCACGAAUUUUUCGAUGACGCCCCAAAGCCGCUGUUCCCCGGAAAGUCAUACGAAGACGAUAUGGAAGUGGCGCAGAGCUGUUAUAGGUAUAUAGAUCACAUUUUCGAAGAAUUAGAAGAGUUUCGCGCGUUUGAACUGCUUCGUUCAGGUCUAGAUCGUUCAAAAUAUUUACUAGUUAAAGAAGCUAAGAUCAUAGCUAUGACCUGUACACACGCAGCCCUAAAACGAUCUGAGCUAGUGCAAAUGGGUUUCAAAUACGACAAUAUCCUCAUGGAAGAAUCAGCCCAGAUCCUCGAAAUUGAGACAUUCAUACCGCUCCUUCUACAAAACCCACAAGAUGGUCGGUCACGUCUUAAGCGCUGGAUCAUGAUCGGUGACCAUCACCAGCUACCUCCAGUGGUGAAGAACAUGGCCUUCCAGAAAUACUGCAACAUGGAACAGAGUCUCUUCACGAGGAUGGUUCGACUAGGCGUGCCUUACGUUGAAUUGGAUGCUCAAGGACGUGCAAGACCAAGUAUUUGCAACCUGUACCGUUGGCGCUACCGCAACCUCGGGGACCUGUCCCACGUGUGUCGCCUGCCCGAGUACCGCGCCGCCAACGCCGGCCUGAGGCACGACUUCCAGCUCAUCAACGUGGACGACUUCAACGGUGCCGGCGAGACUGAGCCGAGUCCUUAUUUCUACCAGAAUUUGGCCGAGGCGGAGUAUGUCGUGGCGGUGUUUAUGUACAUGCGACUAAUCGGCUGGCCCGCAGAGAAGAUCUCGAUCCUCACCACAUACAAUGGACAAAAACAUUUAAUUCGAGACGUCAUUAACAAGAGAUGCGCUGACAAUCCACUGAUUGGGCGACCACAUAAGGUCACAACAGUUGACAAAUAUCAAGGUCAACAGAACGACAUAGCUCUCAUCUCACUCGUGCGGACCAAGGCCGUGGGACACGUCAGGGACCUGCGGCGACUCAUCGUGGCCGCCUCCCGAGCACGCCUCGGACUGUACAUCUUCGCGAGGGCCAAUCUCUUCCGCAACUGCUUCGAACUUCAACCCACCUUCAAUCAGCUGGUGGAGCGCUCGCUGGAGCUGGAGCUGGUGCCGGGCGAGCGCUGGCCGGCGCAGCGCGGCGCGCGCGCCGCCGUGCCCGACGCGCUCGCGCUGCGCGUGCGCGACAUGCCGCACAUGGCGCGCUACGUGUACGACGUGUACCUCGACCUCGUGCGCCGCCCCGACGCGCAGAGCAAGGCGUCGUGGAGCGCGCCGGGCUCCGUGACGCGCAGCGAGCCGCAGGGCUUCGUGCCGGCGCACCCCGGCGCGGAUGACGAUGACGACGAAGAAUCCGCCCCCGCACCGGCCACUGCCGAGUUUCAGCCCACUGAGAUCGUCAACGAGAUCGAGGAGCCCAGCGUGUGAGAAGAGCGGGCAACCACCAACCACAUCCGCCGCCACUCCCGCCACCGACGUGUGUGAAAUCAAAUAAAGGAAAUUGAUCAUCAUCAUAAAAAAAAAAAAUUGUCUUUGCAAGCAUUGAAAUUGUAGCAUUAAGUAAUUUUUAAUGUAAUUUAAGUUAAGUAUUCAAGAAAUAAAGAA